AUGAAAAUAAGCCUGAUUGUGCAUGCACUGAUUCUCCUCGUGGCAACAAUUUUGUGCUGCUCCUUGAUCAAGGCUGAAUCAUAUUCCUUCACAUUGAAUCAGCCUUUCUUGAGCAAGGUAACUUUGGAAGCAUCAACAAAAUACGGAUCACGAUUGACAGUAACGGUGAACAGCUUAAUCACAAAAGGUCCUGCCCAAAAUGUAACGAUUUAUUUCUAUGAAACUCCUGGCGUCCAUUCAAAAUUAAGACCAUACUUUUCACCAAGACAAGUACAAACUGACGCCUCUGGAAGUGCAAGUGUGGAUUUUUAUGCUGGAAAUACACCAGGAAAUGGUUCCAUUACAGUCACAGCAACUCCAAAACAAUCAUUUAAUCCCUCAACAACUUCCUUUGCCAGAUUUGAAUAUGUUGUGACCAGCCCAAUAUAUGGAGAGGCAUGGGGACAAAUUGCAACAAUUAUAUUCUUGUCAAUUGCUUCGAUCGUGGGUGCCUUCUUUUUAGCCACUCACGUACUGAGAAAGAAUAGAGGAACAACUGAAAUGAUUGCUGUAGCAGAUCCUAUUAAGGAAGGAGCACAAGGUUUUUUAAAAACACAGUACUUGGCCAUUGCAGGAAUUACAAUUCCUGUUGCUUUGGCAUUAUUCGGGUUGUACAUGUUGCGAGCAAAGAGUGCUACUGAUCCUGACUUGCAUAUUGCAGUUAUUGCUACACUUGUGACAAUUAGUUUUCUAUUGGGUGUGAUUUUCAGCGCAUUAUCAGGAUUUGUUGGAAUGUUUGUGAGUGUCAAUGCCAAUUCAAGAGUGGCCAGUGCUGCUACUAGAAGUUAUCGAGAGGCCCUUAACAUUGCAAUGAGAUCAGGAGCAUUUGUUGGAUUUUUGGUCGUAUCAGGAAGUAUAUUGGGUGUAAUUGUACUCUUUUCGAUCCUUUAUCUUGCCAUUCCAAAAGAAAUCAUUACUCCAACUCAAAUUGUUGGUAUGAUUGUUGGCUUUUCAUUUGGUUGUAGUUUAUCGGCAUUGUUCGCUCAACUGGGUGGAGGUAUUUUCACUAAGGCUGCUGACGUUGGUGCUGAUCUUGUAGGUAAAGUGGAACAAAACAUUCCUGAAGAUGAUAUUCGUAAUCCAGCUGUGAUUGCAGAUCUUGUUGGAGACAAUGUUGGUGAUUGCGCAGGGCGUGGCAGUGACUUGUUCGAAUCCAUAUCUGCUGAAAAUAUUGGUGUGAUGAUUUUAGGAGGUACUCUAACCACUCAAGCAUUUCCUCAAAUUUCCACACCCAUUUCAUUUAUCAUUUAUCCUUUAAUUGUUCAUAUUUGUGGUAUGAUUGGUACAUGGGUAGGAAUGUUCUUUGUUCGAGUACGUGACCUUUCAGAAAUGACUCACGGCGAUGAGAGCUAUUCCCUUAUUCGUAAUGAAAUUCCAGAGAAGACUGAAGUAUCUGAGACACAAAUUGAGGACAAUGAAGAAGAAAAUGAACCAGCGAUCAAACAAGAACAUUUAGAUGACCCAAUGAAAGCCCUUAAUAUCGGCUAUGUGAUUAGUGUGUUGAUUACCACAUGUCUUUUCGUUGCUUGCUCCUAUUGGUUCCUGAGAUCGGAUCAAUAUCCUGAUGCAUGGUGGAAGUUUAUGUUUUGUGGAUUGAUUGGUAUUUUAACAUCAUUUGCAUUUGUUUGCAUCACCAUUUAUUACACAGACUACAAUUGGCGUCCAGUUCAAAGCAUUAUUGAAGCAUCCAAGACAGGACCUGCCACAAAUAUCAUUGCAGGUAUUGCUGUUGGAUUGGAGUCUACUGCUGUACCAGUCCUUGUCAUUUCAAUUGCAAUUUUAGGGUCGUACUAUUUGGGAAGAAGUAGUGGAAUUUUAGAUGAAUAUGGAUCUCCUAUUGGAGGUUUAUUUGGAACUGCAGUUGCAACCAUUGGUAUGCUUUCAAGUUCAAGUUACAUCCUUGCUAUGGAUGCUCUUGGUCCUAUUGUCGACAAUGCUGGAGGUAUUGCUGAAAUGUCGUCAUUACCACCAAAUAUUCGAAUGAUCACAGAUCGUCUCGAUGCGGUUGGUAACACAACCAAAGCGCUCACGAAAGGCUAUUCUGUAGGAUCGGCUGCACUUGCUGCCUUUUUACUAUUUUCUGCGUUUCUGGACACUAUUGAAGCAUAUAUCGGAAUUAGUUUCAGAGUUGUGAAUUUGGCCGUUCCAGAAGUAUUCAUUGGCGGUCUUUUAGGUGCUUGUCUUGUUUUUGUCUUCUCCUCUCUCACCAUUAAGGCUGUAGGAAACACAGCUCAAACUGUCAUUGAAGAAGUGAGAAGACAAUUCCGAGAAAUUCCAGGAAUUAUGGACUUUAGACAAAAGCCCAACUAUGAGAGAUGUGUUGCUAUUGUCACUCGUGCUUCUCUGAUUCAAAUGAUUCUUCCUGGAUUAUUGGCUUUCCUUGCUCCUGCCAUUGUCGGAUUCUUCUUUAGAUUAAUAGGACAAGCUAUUGGUCAACCCUAUUUAGGAGCUGAAGUAUCAGCUGGAUUUUUGAUGGUUGCAACCAUUGCAUGUAUUUUAAUGGCAUUGUUUUUCAAUAACAGUGGAGGUGCAUGGGAUAAUGCUAAAAAGUUGACUGAGAUGGAUAAAAGUUUGGGUGGAAAAGGGUCUUCCGUACAUAAAGCAACCGUCAUUGGUGACACCAUUGGAGAUCCAUUUAAGGACACAACGGGUCCUUCUCUCCACGUGCUUGCAAAGCUUCUUGCCACCAUUACUCUUGUGAUUGGUCCUUUGUAUCUCAAUUAUAAAUCUGCGUAG